AUGGUGCUGUUGAGCGCGUCACCCUGUGGUCUCGCGAGGCUUAUAACGGUCUGCGAGCAGUACGCUGCCGCACACGGUCUUAAAUACAACUCUGUAAAGAGCGAAAUGAUGGUGUUUGGAGUCAGAGGUAAAUGUCCAUCAACAGUCCCAGUAUUACAACUAAACAAUAACCCGCUUAAGUUGGUAGACAAUUUUAAAUACCUGGGACAUAUGAUUACCUCUGACCUCAAGGACGGUUCCGACGUCGAAAGGGAGCGCAGGGCACUGGCUGUAAGGGCGAACAUGAUUGCCCGCAGGUUUGCGUGUAGCUCACCGGCAGUAAAGAUUACGUUGUUCCGAGCUUUUUGUACAUCUUUUUACACCAGCAGUCUGUGGGUGAACUACACGCAAAAACAGUACAGUGCCCUGCGCGUACAGUAUAAUAAUGCGUUUAGGGUGCUGAUGGGGCUCCCUCGCUACUGCAGCGCGUCAACAAUGUUUGCGGAGGCGCGCGUGGAUAGUUUUGCUGCCAUUAUGCGCAAAAGAGCCACUUCAUUGUUAUGCAGAGUGAGGAACAGCACCAACAGCAUCCUAGCCAUGUAUGCAGAUAGGUUUGAUGGGGCCUACCUGAACCACUGUGGUGCACUCCACAUGUGCUUAAAUUAA